GACAGACAGACAGACACAGACAGAUAAUGUGCACUGCAUUGCACUUGCACUGCUCUGCUCUGCUCACACCGCACUGCAAAUAAGCAAUAGCAACAGCAACAGCCACAGCCACAACCUGCUGACAAUGUCUGUGCUGCUGCUCGCCCUGACCCUGGUCAGCCUGACAGCUCCAGCACCAGCCACAGCCACAGCCACAGCGCAAGGAAAGGCCAUCUCCAACCGGAUUGUGACAGAGCUGUUGCCCAAGGAACACUUUGCCCUGCUGGCUCAACACAACCGGCUGAGGACCAAGGUUCACCCCCCGGCUGCUAACAUGCAGAAAAUGGACUGGAGUGAGAAGCUUGCUCGAUUGGCCCAGGAGCGGGCUGCCACAUGCCCUGGGGAGCUACUUGUCCACCCCGUCCGAGUGCCAGAGGAGGAGGAGGAGAUGGCCGACGAGGUCAGCUGUAACCAUCACGUAUCACCAACCGGAAGGAUGUCUUUCUCAGACGUUAUCGAGCUGUGGUUCAGAGAGGGUCCAAAUUACAACCACCACACAGGACUCUGCAAGAACAAUGCUACCUGCCACCACUACACCCAGCUUGUCUGGGCGACAUCAAGUAAGCUGGGCUGUGGGAGACACACCUGCCUACAGAAUGGAGAAACAAUGGACAUUUUUAUUUGUGCUUAUUCACCAGGAGGAAACUGGGAAAUCAAUGGAAGGAUAAUUGUCCCUUAUAAAGAAGGAGUGUGGUGUUCUCUGUGCACUUCUCGCAUGUCCGGCUGUUUCAAAUCCUGGGAUCACAGUGGAGGGCUGUGCGAAGUCCCCAGGAACCCGUGUAGGAUGAGCUGUGGCAACAGAGGCCACUUGAACAUCAGCCUGUGCCGAUGUGAGUGUUUACCGGGCUUCACAGGAAGGUUUUGCCAAGUUAGGUGUAGUAUGGAGUGUGUUCAUGGGAGGUACCGAGAUGAGGAGUGCUCGUGCAUGUGUGAGGUGGGAUUCGGUGGAGCUGUCUGUGGGGAAAAGCUGGAGUUUCCCUUCCACAUCUGUGAUGUUGAGAUCGAUGGAGAUUGUUUCAUGGUUUCUCCUGAAGCAGACACUUAUUACGGAGCCAAAAGUAAAUGCCAGGAACAAGGUGGUAUUUUAGCACAGAUUAAAACCCAGAAACAGCAAGACAUCUUGGCCUAUUACCUCAGCCAAUUGGAGAGCACAAAUGAGGUUACAGACCCAGAUUUUGAAACCAGGAACUUUUGGAUUGGUCUGACCUACAAAACAUCCAAGGAUUCGUUCCGCUGGGACAGUGGGGAGUCGCCAUCCUAUCACAGCUUUGCUUUUGGACAACCCGAUAACCAAGGGUUUGGAAACUGUGUUGAGCUGCAAGCUUCCAGCGCGUUCAACUGGAAUGAUCAGAGAUGCAAGACACGAAACAGAUACAUCUGCCAGUUCAGUGAGAAGCACAUCGCAGUCUGGAACUACGGCGUGUGACCUCGAGCUGCAGGAGAAGCCGAUGCCUGGUGCAUUGGGAGGGCUCAGGCUCCAUUCUGUUAAUGGACUGUAAUAAUCACCGCAGUAGCUUAGCAACUGGGAUCCUAGGAGCUGAGACGUGAGGAAACUCUGUGCAGUUUAGUGCUAAAUCAGCCUUGUCCCAGUGUCCCUGAGCAGAGGUCGUGGGGUUGGGGGGAGGGAGAUAAUGGUAGUCUUCAGUUCAGUGCACGGGCCAGCCCUUUUCUCUGAGAUAUAGUACUAGCAAUCCGGCCUUCAGUACCUAGUGUAGUCCAGGCAGCAGAUCUGGCUCCAGUGACAUUAACCUUCUGGUCUAUUUCUGAAAGCAGUGAGGAAAAAAGCCAUUAUCAUGAAUCUUUCCACCAGCAUAAACUAAAACAUCUCAGCUUCUGUUUGACCAUUGGAAUUACAGAACCUGGGUAUGGAAUGCUACUGGAUUUUCCGAGGGCUACGAACAUAAAAACAUAAGAAUAUUCUAAGCAAAAGAACACCAAGGUCCAUCCAGUUCGCCUUCCACCAUCCUGGCAGUAGCACGCACAUGUCAUGUCCCAAACUAUAUACUGUAUCCCAAGAUAUUGUUUCCCAACGGAAAUCUUAUCUAAUUUAUUCUUGAAAGAAUCAAGACUUUCUGCUUUCGAUAUCUCCCUAGGGAACCUGUUCCAUACGUUUACUAUUUGCUCACUGAAGUAGACGGAAAUACACAUUGAGGAGAGGCAGUGUUAGACAGAAAGCAGGUCCCAAAUCCCAUUCUUCGCACACGAAUGAGAGCUGUUCCCUCUCUUUCUCUCUGGAGUUUUAAUUGGGAAAAUUGGGAGAAGAGGGAAACAAUUUCAUAAUUAAUACACAACAUGCAAUAUUGGGUGCGGUGUCUUGUGGUCAUACAUUUAAUGCUCUUUCAUCAUUUGUGUAGUGAGUGAUGUUCCUUUAGACACACACACUGUCAGCGUAUUCACUGGCACACAAAAUGAUCAUUGUAUCCAAUAGCUCCUGCCUCAGAACAGUCAAUUGAAUAGUGAUGAAAUGGACGAGUUAACCAGUCAGGUUUGUCGCUAGAUGAACGUUUAUGUUUAAUAAGGAGGUUUUGCCACCAGUGGGAGAGUGCAGGAUAAAAUGGUGAGGUUUAAGCUUGGAGAGUUGACAAGCACUUUAUAGAAAGGUUGUCAAUGCUCGGCAGUGCGGUAGGGCUCAAUACUGAUUCAUUUUAUGCACAUUUGAUGUGUAUACAGUAGCUAUGAAAUCUUUUCCCAAUGAAUGUAGCCUACAAAUGUCAAGGACCACACUGUCCUAUUGGAAAGUUGCCUCUUUUUAAAAAAAAACGGAUGAAAGACAUUUUGUGUUAUACCAGCUUGUGUUUUGUUCAUGAUCACACAGUCAUUUUUAAUCCAAUCCCUUACAUGAUCACUCGUCGAGUCUUCAGGAGAGGAGAUGAAAGGAUAGUACAACGACAACAACUUACACAUAUAUAGUGCCCUUUCACACAGGUCGAGGAGCGUUUUAACAUUGGUGGAGCCCGACGCCGAGCCUGGGGGAGGGAGAAGGUGACCGUAAGCACCGUCAAAGAGGAAGGUCUUCAGUCAUGAUCUAAAAGAGUGGAAGAAGGGGCCAAGGUGGAGGGAUUGAGAGAGAGAAGCUUCAGGGCGUUAGUGGCUGAAAAGUGGGGCUGCAGAUGGUGGGGCAGAGGGGAGCGGAGGGACAAGCAGGAGGCCGGAGCCAGCCGAGCGGAGGCAGCGCUCAGAAAGCAGGUCGGAAAGGUAGGGAGGUGCCAAGGUGUGAAGGGAUUUGUAGAUGAGUUUGAGGAUCUUAAAAUCCAUCCGUUUUGUGACGGAUCCAGUGAAGUCCGAUGAGGACUGGCGUGAUGGAGUGGAGUAGCAGUAAAAACAAUCUGCGCUGCUUUGCUGACAAAGAAAAUAAACGUUACAGCGAAA